AUGGCUAUACACAAAGACCACCCCGGGCUCAGCGUUGAGAUCGUCGUCAACGGCAAUGCCCUGAGAGAAUACGAGAAUAAUGAUCAAGUGCACGAGCCUGAAACAGUCGCCAGAUACCUUCAAGCACAGCCCGGAGCAAAAUUCGGUAUACGAUGGUCAAUCACAGAAGCUUUUCCAUCCAACAGAGAUAUUUCACACUCUGUUUGGAUCGACGGUCGGUUGAUAAGCCAGUUGACGAACCGAGCCGAUAAUCUCCACGACAAAACUUCGCGCACAGUAAAAGCUGGCAAGUCUUUCGUCCAAGGCGAAUGGAGUGAUCAAAAACUUGUCUUUGCCACCGGAGAUGCCGAUCUCGCGUCAGAUGAUGCCUACAUGCAGGGGCGGUGCUCAUUGGGACUCAUCAAAGUCGCGUUCUCCUUCGUAACGAUCAAGGGUCCUCUGAAAGACAGCGCCAGGGCACAGAGGUGUUUUGAAAUCAAACGAGGCGCGGCGAGACCUGUCCAAGUGAACUUUGGAGAAAGGCAAAUCAAGAAUGCCCCAGAGAUCUUGAGAACCGCCUGGCAGAAACCGUUCGCUGUGUUCGAAUUUAGUUGUCGCACGCGUACCGAUCUUGAAGCGAUCGGGAUCAUACCUCGAAGUCUAUCGCCGGCGCCAAUUCCAGUACAAAACGUUAUCCAGACCAUACUAGAGCCUGUUGUUAAGCCUGAACCCGAAGUUGGCGGGUCUCGUCCGGCUCGACAAUCAAAUGACAUUGGAGACGCAGCUACGUCGCGAAGAGAGGAUCCGAGUGUAGAGGGCCUUUCUGAAGAAGAGAUCAUUGUAAUGAUUGUGGUCUACAGGGGGGGAGAUGCUGGGCUUGCAGGUCAAAGCAAGAAGAGCCUGCUUGGUCUGCUGAAGUUUUACGAGGACAAGGACAAAAAGAGUGCAGCCAUCAAGCGUGAACCUGCAACCGAAAGUAGCGACUGUCUUUAUGUCAAGCGAGAGCGUGAUGACAGCGAGUCCCAUAGUGAACGAAAGCGCAGCAAACCAGAGGUCAUUGUGCUAGACGACUAA